CAAAUUUCGAGAAGUGGAUAAAGCUAAAAUGCAGCAGAGUAUGGAUAUAUCGUCGUCUGCUACACCUCGGCUACGUGUCCUGGAACCCGAGGAGGAAAUGGCCAUCAACGAGAUAGUCAGUGCCUACCAUCAGAGCCUGGAGAUUUGCGUGGAGUCUGAGGUGUCCAGAAACCAUCCCUCCAUGAUCGAGCUGGUCAACAUAGCUGAAAUCAGUGUCCGGCGCGUCAUUGACAUGUCCAAGAAGAUCAAAUCCUUCAAGGCCUUGUCACAAUCGGAUCAGAUCAGUUUACUGAAGGGCGGCAGCAUUGAGUUGUUGAUCAUUCGGUCAGUCAUCACCUUUGACAGCGACAAGAUGCAGUUCCUAGAUCCGUACGACAAGGAGAAGUAUGCCAUGACCACAGAUCAGCUCAAGAUGGGUCAGGGUACCGGUCUGUUUGAUGAACACAUGCGCUUUGUGAAGAGUUUAGCCGUGGACCUGCAGGCAGACGAGACUGUGCUGAUUCUCCUUCUGAUGAUCGCCUUGUACUCCCCGGACAGACCACAGAUCGUCGACAAGCAUUAUGUGGCCGAGGAGCAAGAGCGCUACGCGUUACUUCUCUUGCGGUACUUGGAGUCCAAACAUCCGCCACACGUUAUACGUUGGAUGUACCCCAAACUCCUCAUGAAACUCACAGACAUUCGCAAUCUCAACGAAGAACACUCGCAGGUGCUGCUGAAGAUCAACCCCGAAGGCAUACAGCCCCUGAUGAAGGAAGUCCUUGACCUGAACGCAGAGAAGAACAAACUAGCGAAGGCAGAACAGGAGAACAACGGGAAGACUGGUAUUCACCAAGAGCAGCACGAGCAAUCGAUGACCAUCUGUUGA